AUGGCGGCCGCCUUUCAGCCACCUAAACAAGUCUUACAGCUGCAGGCGCUGCGGAGUUUGGUGUAUCCAGGGUUGGGCGGCUUGGGCUCCACCUGCAGCCGCUACCCUCUCGGAGCUAAAAGAUAUCUACUUACAGAUAAUAUUGUGAAAUUAAAGGACUUUCAGCAUAAGAAGGUGGCUGUUGCAUGUAAUCUUCCUGGCACCAAAGAAACCUAUUUGAGAAACUUGGAAGAGAAACUGACCCAGAGUAAGCUCAUCUUGAAAGAGGAGUUGAGAACCUUACUUCAUUUGUGUGAGUCCUGGGACGAUGUGGAGCUGGCUAAAAAUGUCAUUUACAGGUACCAUGCAGAGAACAGGAAUAUCACUUUGGGGGAGUACAAGUUUGGACCACUUUUCAUGAGGUUGUGCUACGAGUUGGAUCUCGAGGAAUCUGCAGUGGAGCUCAUCAAAGACCAGCAUCUAUGGGGUUUCUUCUCAGACUCCACAUCAUUCAAUAUUUUGAUGGAUAUGUUGUUUAUCAAGGCCCACUCCUGGCUUUUGACAGGUGCAUUGGAAGUACUGAUUGAGAUGAAAAACCAAGAUGUGAAGUUCAACAAAGAUACUUACGUCCUUGCUUUUGCAAUUUGCUACAAACUGAAUAGCCCUGAAUCUUUUACAAUCUGUACCACGUUAAGAGAAGAAGCCCUCAUCAAGGGAGAAAUCCUCUGCAGGAGAGCAUCCUGUUUUGCAGUGGCAUUAGCUCUGAACCAGAACCAGCUGGCAAAAGCUAUAUCCAUUUUUUCUCAAAUUAUGAACCCAGAAAGCAUAAUCUGCACUAAUUUAAAUAUUAUGAUCCAUAUCCAGUCAAACAUGUUGAAAACCCUAAUAGAUAUACUAAAGGAUGCUACAGAGGGAAAUCUGUCAAGAUUUGUGAAAAAACAUGUGUUCUCAGAAGAAGUGCUGGUCAAAGUGAGGGAAAAAGUGAAGGAUGUGCCCGCUCUUCUGGCCGCAUUUGAUGAGCUGUAUGGGAAACUGCACAUAAAUGGCCAGGUCACCACUUACACUUUAGAUGCUCUGCUCUGCCACACCCCCAGUGACAGGAAAUCCCACACGGUGCUAUUAAACAAGAGGACAGUCAGCCGUCGGACCUUCCAGCCGCUCAGCCAGUCCCUGUGGGCUGAGUAA